AUGGGAGAUGCUAGAGACAACGAAGCCUACGAGGAGGAGCUUCUGGACUAUGAGGAAGAAGACGAGAAGGUUCCGGAUUCUGGAAAUAAAGUUAACGGCGAAGCCGUGAAGAAAGGGUACGUGGGAAUACACAGUUCUGGAUUCAGAGACUUCCUUUUGAAACCGGAGCUUCUCCGAGCUAUUGUUGACUCAGGAUUUGAACAUCCAUCCGAAGUUCAACAUGAAUGUAUCCCUCAAGCUAUCUUGGGAAUGGAUGUUAUCUGCCAAGCAAAAUCUGGUAUGGGGAAGACUGCUGUGUUUGUGCUGUCUACUUUGCAACAGAUCGAACCAUCUCCUGGCCAGGUUUCUGCACUUGUCUUGUGCCAUACAAGAGAGUUAGCUUACCAGAUCUGCAAUGAGUUUGUGCGAUUCAGUACCUAUCUGCCUGAUACGAAGGUUUCAGUAUUCUAUGGUGGAGUCAACAUUAAAAUUCACAAAGACUUGCUGAAGAAUGAAUGUCCUCACAUUGUUGUUGGAACACCUGGUCGGGUGCUUGCACUCGCCAGGGACAAAGAUCUCUCUUUGAAGAAUGUGAGGCAUUUUAUUCUUGACGAGUGUGAUAAAAUGCUCGAGUCACUUGAUAUGAGGAGAGAUGUGCAGGAGAUUUUCAAGAUGACUCCUCACGACAAACAAGUUAUGAUGUUCUCAGCAACGCUCAGCAAGGAAAUACGCCCAGUCUGCAAGAAAUUUAUGCAAGAUCCAAUGGAAAUAUAUGUAGAUGAUGAAGCCAAGUUGACCCUUCACGGGCUUGUGCAGCAUUACAUUAAACUGACCGAGAUGGAGAAAAACCGCAAGCUGAAUGACCUGCUCGAUGCAUUGGACUUCAAUCAAGUUGUGAUAUUUGUGAAGAGUGUGAGCAGGGCUGCGGAGCUGAACAAAUUGCUGGUGGAAUGCAAUUUCCCCUCAAUAUGCAUUCACUCUGGAAUGUCUCAGGAAGAGAGGUUAACUCGAUACAAGAGUUUCAAGGAAGGGCACAAGAGGAUUCUGGUGGCGACAGAUCUGGUAGGGAGAGGAAUUGACAUUGAGCGCGUCAACAUUGUCAUCAACUAUGACAUGCCAGAUUCGGCUGAUACAUAUCUUCACAGGGUUGGGAGAGCUGGUAGGUUUGGAACCAAGGGUCUUGCAAUCACAUUUGUCUCAUCAACAUCAGAUUCCGGAGUUCUUAAUCAGGUACAAGAGAGGUUUGAGGUUGAUAUAAAGGAACUUCCUGAGCAAAUUGAUACCUCCACUUACAGUAAGUGUCGGAUCUUUUGCCGUCUUAGAGUAGGCUUUGUCUCUCUGGAGGAGACCUCUUCAGUUUACAACCUUUUAUAG